UGUUUGGGUAAACAUCCGGUUUAGGCGUUUAGGUUGUAGGGUUUUUUCAACAGUCCUGCAUUUGUGGUUAUUUGUUGAAAUAAACGAAUAACAACCACAAUUACUUUACUGAAAUGGAUAUACUGAAAGCUGAGAUCGCAAGGAAAAGGAAACUCAUCGAAGAUAAAGAGCUUGUUGACGGCUCCAAAAGAUUCUUCAAAAGGGCUGAUCUUGCACGCAAGGAACAAGAAGAGUACUUCAGAAAAUGUGGAUAUAAGGUUCAGAGAGAGACUCCUGAGAGCCAGGUUGAUAAAAAGGAAGAAGAUGAGCCAUCUACCUCAGCUAAUCCAGUGCUAGAACUGGAACUAACAGAAGAGAAGCUGCCAAUGACACUGUCACGGCAGGAAGUAAUUCGGCGGCUUAGAGAACGAGGGGAACCAAUCCGACUGUUUGGAGAGUCCGACUAUGAUGCCUUCCAGAGACUCAGGAAGAUUGAGAUUCUGACCCCAGAAGUAAACAAGGGCUUGAGGAAUGACUUGAAAGCAGCCAUGGACAAGAUUGACCAGCAGUACCUGAAUGAGAUUGUUGGAGGAACAGAGCCAGGAGAAAAGGACACACAGCACGACCUGAAAGUGCAUGAAGAAAACACCACUAUAGAAGAACUGGAGGCUCUUGGCAAAACCCUGGGAACAGGAGAUGAUGAUGGAGACCAGGAUGUUAUUGACAAGUUUUUGAGGUUUCUUCUUGGUGUUUGGGCCAAAGAUCUGAACAGCCGAGAGGACCACGUGAAGCGAAGUGUUCAGGGCAAGCUGGCCAGUGCAACCCACUCCCAGACUGAGUCUUACCUCAAACCUCUCUUCAGGAAGCUCAGGAAGAAGAGUUUACCAGCUGACAUCAAAGAGUCAAUCACAGACAUCAUUAAAUUCAUGUUGGAGAGAGAAUAUGUCAAGGCAAAUGAUGCCUAUCUGCAGAUGGCCAUUGGUAAUGCUCCCUGGCCUAUUGGUGUGACAAUGGUGGGUAUCCACGCCCGUACUGGGCGAGAAAAGAUCUUCUCCAAGCACGUGGCCCACGUUCUCAACGAUGAGACCCAGAGAAAAUACAUCCAGGGACUGAAGAGGUUAAUGACUAUGUGCCAGAAACACUUCACGACUGAUCCAUCAAAGUGUGUGGAGUACAAUGCUCUUUAACUUGUAAUGUUAGCUUAACUUAUCUCAAGGACUACACUGUCUUAUCUCAAGGCUGUCAUGUCCAUUGUUAUUACAAUUCAAAAUGGGAAUUUUUCACAGCAGCUCAAUUAUGGGUUCUGGCAUGACUGAAGUAUGGUUGUGACAAAAAUUUCUCAAAAUGUUGUAUAUCAAGGGCCUUCAAGUACAUGUUCACGUUGCGGGGGAUAACUGAGAAAAUGCAGAAUUUGAGUAAGACCUGUUGUAUACAGACAGAAUUGUGCUAAUUUACAAAUGUAAUAAACAUAUCUCAUAUUUAGCUGGAGAACACUGAACAACCCUAAAGUCUUAUUACACUUGUCGUUGUGAACUACUGGGACAACCGAUGCACCUGUCAUGCCAUUAAUAGUCACAAGUCUUCAGUCCUUCGUGAGAACAUGUUUGUUUAUGGAUGCUCUGAGGAGUCUUAACCAGGAAAUAAUUGCAGGAAAUAUUAAAAAGUGGACAGGUUUAACUUUGUUUACUGUUCAGAUAAUAUUGAAUUACACAAGUUUUUCAAAGAUUAAUUUAUAUGAUGUGGAAUGCAAAGUGUCAUUUGCCAAGGAAGAUCCUAGUGUAAAUUUUAUUACACCUGAGACAUUACAGUUCUGAACUCUUUAUUGACAUGCUAAAAUCAAUGCAGAUUCAAUUAUAUGCGCAUGUUUGAGUUUUCAUGUUUUUCAGCAGAUCAUUAAACCAAUCAGUGUGUCCCUGUAAUAUCCAAAAAAAUAAAUAAAUAAAGUGUUGUUUUAUUAUA